AAAGAGAUCAUUAUGCUUAUUUACAAAGAUGUUGUCACCAGUGACAUGGGGGACUUUAAUUUUAAAGUAAAUGGGCUUAUAUGCUCACCUACGUCCAACACAACAGGAUUGCUAGUAAUGCCACAGAUAAAGCGGAGACUAGCUUAAAAUACUUUCUUUUGCACUUUAAAAAGGUAAGUUUUUUUUUUUACUAAAUGUGAUUAAGGAGGGCAUGUUGUGAUACGUGGUACAGUCUCUUUGUUUGAAUGAUCACUUUGAAUAUAAAAGUAGCAUUUGCUUAUGUGCUUGCCAUACAUAGAGCUACAUUUAAGCUGAAUAUGUAAUUUGUAUUGCCAUGAAAAAGCGAUAAAUGUGAACCUAUUUGUUUUUUCACAGAAAAAAUAUGGUACUAGAUUUCGUACCCAUGUUACACCUUAAAUGUUGGCAUCAAUAUAAAUACCUGGGGUAAAUUUCUAGUUUCCCGGCAAAACUUCUAAUUAAAAUGCGACUCCUCCAUAAAGCAGCUAUAUUUCUACUUUUGAUCAGUGCUAAUCAUGCAACAGCCCAGGUUGUUCAGGCCAGAACAGAACCAUCAUGUGGCUAUUUGGCAAAUAAAAUUUAUUGCUUUGGGGGUAGACUUUUAGACCAACAAGCAGCAGAGACUAGUAUGGUUAUGCUGGACAUAUCCAAUACUAGUGAAACAACGGCAGACGAAUUUAUGAAUAAAUGGGUUACAAUCACCACAAAUACAAACGGUCUAGAUAUAAAGGGAAGAAAUGGAAUAGCAACUGUUCCAUUACCAGAUGGAAAAACCAUGUUACUUCUCGGCGGCGGAGUUAGUGGGACCACAAAAUUACCUAAUCAAAUGAUCGCUUUUAAUGGAGAAACUAAAACAUGGCAAGCAUAUCCUGAUUACACGGAAGACCCAUAUGGUAUCAGACAAAUUUAUUACACGGCCGCCUCCUAUGUUCCUGAAUAUGGUGUAGCAUUUUAUGGUGGUCUUGAGACAAACUACGAUAAAAACUAUAUUUUGCCCGAUGCGAACAUAUCAUAUUACCAAAAUGAUGCUAUCAAUGUUAGAUUUUUUGGUUUUAGGAGCUUGACAUUUCUGGAUAUUAGAAAGUCAUCAGAUCCUUGGUCAGUUUAUCCCACCCAGAGCAACAAUCCCGGCAUCUUAGCGAGAUAUCAAAAAUCAGUUUAUGAUCCCACAAAUAAGCGACUCUUUUACUUUGGUGGUAGAUAUCAAGCACCUCCAAGCACCCCAUUUGGGCAAUUUGCUUUCAACAAUGUUACUUCAUUUGAUUUAACGAGGGGAGAGUGGGGUGUACAGGUACUCAACGGAAUUGCACCAACCGAAAGAAAUGGUCAUACUGCGACAUUAAUUGGACCUAAACAACGAGAUAUACUACUUUAUGGAGGAAAUAGCAAUCUAAGCCCAAAACCUCUUCUCGAUUACUGCUUUACUUUGAAUCUCGAUACUUUCCAAUGGACACAGCAAUCAAUUGAAGCCAAGAGCAACCCGACUUUAAUGAGAUCAGAACACGCAACUGUUGUUAUAAAUUACGAGACGGUGUUUGUUUUAUUUGGAAUUGAUUCUACCGAAAAACCGAUUCUUUCUUUAUUGACGCUGAAUGUUUCAGAUCCUUUAAACAUUACUUGGAUCGAAAAAUAUUCUGACCCAAAUAUAGCAGCUGUGGUUUUACCAAACUCAAAUUCCACAUCAGUAGAUGAACCAAAAGCUUCUGCAACUCCCAAGCCGCUUGACGAACCAAAAGCUUCCACGAAUUCUAAAUUAAGCGCAGGAGCUAUCGCUGGUAUUGCAGUUGGUGUAGCGGCAGGUAUAAUCGGUAUUGCCAUUAUUUUCUUCUGUUUCAUUAGAAAGAGAAAGUCCAAAACAAAGGGACAGGAAACUAAAGAAUUAGAAAACCCCCAACGGGAAGACCAAGUCAAAGAACCUGUCAUGGAGGUUAAUUGGGAUGACAUCGAAAAAAAAUAUGUGGAGAUUCCUGAUGACCCUUCUGCUAAGAAAAAUUAUCAUUCUUCUCAGACAGACCUUGUCGUUGAGUCAGUAGCACUUAUACCUAAUAUUAAUAAUGGGCGACUAAGCGAAAAGUUUCAAAGACCUCAAGCUGUUGAAGGAAAUAAAGUUCCUGGCAUCCGUGUGGGUCUUUCGGCCCAAAAACCUGAUGGUAAUGCUUAAGUCUCAAUUUAAUAAAUAUUAUGCCAUUUUUAAAAAGCUUAAA